AUGCAAGAGGAUCGCGAUAUCUUGCUCGUUGUGUGCGGUUGGGAUGGUUUGAUCACCAACCAAGGCGCAUUUUUGAAGCUGUUUCGGCUUCUGCCAUCUCGAAUUUCGAUAGUCCUCCGGAUUUUGGCCGAGGACUUGGAUGAUAGAGACUGGCUGGGUAGACCCCGGCCUCAUCUUUAUGAUGUGGACCCCCUCCAGGUCUGCGAGAUUUGGUCAGGAGACCGUGACCUGGAGGACAUCAAUGUCAGAUCCAGCCUUCGCUGGUCAACAUGCGCCUUCCUCAAGAUUGUUCCUGCGAUUGCGUCAACAAAGAUGGCGUUGUCAUAUGACCUAUCAACACUCCACGAGUUGACGAACAAUCGGAACACCCACCGCUGGGCCAAGCAGCCGACCCAGUUUCCGUGCAAAGAGGCCGACUGUCCUUUACUUUUCGAGACCUCGGACAGUCGCGCGGUGCACUGGAAUCGGGACCGCCGGCCCAGGACUGAGGAAGAGAUGAAGCUCGACCUUGAUUUCAGGACUUGUCAAUUCUGUGGGCGUACCUUUGCCAGAGGAGAUGGCAGACAACUCCAUGAACGAGAGGCAUGCCCACAGAAUCCGGACAUCAAGCGAAAGUCUUCGCCACCGUCAACGGGCCUGAAGCGCACAAGACGAGUGCAGAGCCCUUCUCCGACGCCUCCCCCGCUCGCUGAAGGCGAGGAGCGCGCAUACGAGCAUUUGCCGGCGGAAGAGCGCCUAAUGUUGCCGAGGAUCGACAUUCAUGACCCGGUCAUAUAUCGCCGUGAGUCAUUCUGUCGAUACCCGGGGUGCGAUGUUGUGAGGCGGAUCGAGCCCACAAAACAUCUGAGGCAUUAUUACCAGGUGCAUCACAAUUUUGUGAUGGCAAAUUUCACCACGUCGCUGCACAAGCAGGACGAGGAAGAACACGAUCGAGGCCGACAAUGGCUGGCGACGUGCGCGGUCCGCGGUGUGGUCGGAGACCCGCCGCGUAUUCGCAAAAUGUGA